AUGAAGUUUUUAUCAGUUUUAUUCGUAUUCGUAUUGGCAAAUGUUGCUUCUGCCGGAUUCUGUGCUACUGACGGUGGUUGUCAGCAAGAUUGUAACAGAGAUGGCUACUUGAGAGGAGAGUGCAGGUUUCCGGAAUGUGUUUGCAGCGAGAAAUGGGUCAAGGGAUUGUUGCCUGGUAGGGUUUUCACAGGUGAUAAAAAAGGAGUUUUAGUUGUGUUUUAGAAGUCUUGAGAUUUAUAAAUCACAUAGACAUGAAAGUAAACAUUAUGACAUUUUAGCUACAUUAUUUAAGGCUUCCUUGUCAAUAUUAUCACUUUUGAGACUCUAUUUACGUAUUAAAGUACUAUUAGGUUGUUCAAAUAGUUCUGUGCCCUCUAACCCCAAAUUUUGACUUGAAAGUGGCUCAGAAUUAUUUGAAAACUCGGGACUUUUCAAAUUUAUCAUCAACUUUUGCAAGCUAUACAUGACCAGUCUAUACACCAGAAUACUGCACUAUACCUAAAAAUGCUAAAUUUUGUGAAUGGAAGUGAUAAAUAUUGUGAUCGAUUUUAGAAAGAACUUUAUCAGCUUGUGUCCCAAUUGGCAAUUCAUGUGAAGCUGAUUGCAAAGAUGUAGGAUAUCAGAAGGGGAAAUGUCAAGGAUUCAGAUGUCGUUGUAGCCAACCUGAUGUUCUCAGUGCCUUCGCGAAGCUGGCUACUGGUUUCUUGAAUAAUGGAAUGGCACAGGGAAGAAAUUAG